AUUACAAUAUUAACCGAGAAAAUUAAAUUCAGCAUCUCUCUAUCUUUCUCAUUCUCUCUCCACUUCCCAGAGACGCAGCGUUCUAAAACCCUAACAGGGUAUGUGCAAAGAGAGCUUUGUAGCAUGUUCUUAAGAGAAUGUAUGGACGAGCAUCAGGUCUUGAUAGGUUUAAGAAAGCUCAGACCCUUGAGCCAUUCUCUGUUUCUGUCAACUCAUCUUCAAGAAAUGAUGCCCAACAAGCUAGUAAAGUAGUUGGCCAUUCCUCUGCUUGGCCACCACAGUCUCAAGCUUCUGUCCACCAAGCUCAACAUCAGCCACAACAUGCUUCUCAGAAGACUGUAGGAGUGGAGGCAGCCCCAUUGUUGGGGCAGAAUCAGCAUGCAACUCAGGUUGGGGGAGGGCAGUCGACAUGGCAGCCGCCGGAUUGGACUAUUGAGCCUCGACCAGGUGUUUUUUACCUGGAAGUUUUGAAGGAUGGGCAGGUGCUAGACCGGAUAAAUCUGGAUAGACGGAGGAAUAUCUUUGGGAGGCAAAUCCAGACUUGUGAUUUUGUGCUUGAUCAUCAGUCUGUCUCUCGACAACAUGCUGCAGUCGUUCCUCACAAGAAUGGGAGCAUAUAUGUAAUUGAUUUGGGAUCUGCGCAUGGGACAUUUGUUGCAAAUGAACGGUUGACUAAGGAUUCACCAGUUGAGCUUGAAGUUGGACAAUCUUUGCGUUUUGCUGCAUCAACAAGAACAUACAUAUUGAGAAAGAAUGAUGCAGCUCUUUUCCCUCGUCCUCCGCCACCAACAGAGAUUAAUUUUCCACCACCCCCUGAUCCAUCUGAUGAAGAAGCGGUUGUAGCUUAUAAUACGCUGCUGAAUCGUUACGGCAUCAACAAGGCUGAUCUGGUGUCCAAAUCUGGUGAGUCUGGUAGUUCAGCAAGUGGAAAAAAUAAGGAUUACCAAGCAGAAAGAGCAGCUAAGAGAAUUAAGAAGACAAGAGUUGCUUUCAGGGAUCAAGUUGGGGGAGAGUUAGUUGAGGUUGUUGGAAUCUCAGAUGGUGCAGAUGUAGAAACAGAACCUGGUCCAGUUGGUGUUAAAGAAGGAAGUUUAGUUGGUAAAUAUGAAUCUCUUGUACAGAUUACUGUAAUACCGAAGGGGAAAGAGCAGUCCUCCAUUAAGGAGGCAGAUUUGUCCCAAAAAGGUGUUACUGAUAAACUACAAGAAGUCUUAAAAAAGAUCAAAGCCCCAGUUAAAUCUGGGGGGAUUUAUGAUGACCUUUAUGGAGAAUCGUUAUCAGUCAAAGUUGGAUCUUCCUGGGCAUAUUCACCUGCUGGUGCUGGUGAAGGAGAUCCAGAUAAGGAGGAUGGUGAAGGUAUUACAUCAAGCGGAAAAUCAGACAGUAAUCCUCACGCUGUUGAUGGAGAUGAUGAUGAUUUGUUUGGGUGACCAUUGAACCUAUGCAGACUGGAUUAUGGGACAGAUUUGUGAUAGUUCUGUAUUGAGCUUGACAUCAUAGGGAGUUGAAAACAUGCAAGAUAUUAUGUUGCAUGCUUCUUUUGUCGUCUGGAGUUAUUGUUCAAAUGCAUCCAUAAUUAUUGAUGUUUUCCACUGCAUACCCCAUCUCUCUAAAAGACUGCAGGCUCAUGGUUAAAUGGUUUAUUAUCCUUGUUUUGAGCCGUUAAAUAGCUCAUUUAAGUAACAGUUUGCACCAACCGUUUGGUGCAACCUAAGUGCUCUCAGAGUGGUUUGGGGACUCCUCGACCACGACUUUCCUUUGCA